AUGGGCGUUUCAACAUCAGAUUCUAUCGUUAUUGUCGGCGCUGGUGCUUUUGGUCUCUCGGUAGCCCUGCAUCUUUCUCUACGAGGCUACACAAAUGUCUCCGUGUUCACGAAAGAUGAUUACAUCCCCUUCGGAGACUUGACAAAUGUAGUCUAUCGUGCAGCACAAGAUGCAGGCGUGCGAUUUUUCCUGGGGCAACAGGUCGACCAAAUAUCCUACGUGAGCACUUUGGCCGGUAAAAAGAACGCUGGUAUCCGCACAAGGAAUGCUGGAUUCUAUCCCUCGUCGCUCGUCAUUAUCGAUGCGGGAGCUGGGGAUACCGGUACAUCGGAAAUUGGCCAGUUGCAUGCGCCCGACUCCUUGGCCAUACCCCUUUCUUGCUAUACCAACACCCACCCGAAUUCCUUUGUGGAAUACGUGCCACACACAUCUUCCUCGGUUAUACUGCUGUCGGGGAAUUUGGUACAAAAGUCUAAGAUGUCUUUGGUGGGACCACUGGUCGUAGAUCUCUUAGAGGCAACGAGCGGUCAACCAACUGCGGCGAUUCCACAUCAACCCUUGUCUAGGCUGUGA